AGUGGGUCCCUCCAGGCCGGGUGACAGCGGGGCCGGGAAACAGAAACCGAGACGGCGGCUCCUCCCCCGGGGCCGGGCCGGGCCGAGCCAGGCCGGAGGGGGCGGAACCGGGAGAGGCGCCGGUGGAGCCCACCCAGAUGAACGAAGCCCUGGGCCCCGAAAUGCCCCUGCAGCCCCCGGCGGAUGCCUCGCCGGGCUCCCGAGACCGGGGCGACGUCUUGGUCGUGAUCGUGGGGGUGCCGGGCUGCGGCAAGUCGGCCCUGCUCAACGCCGCGCGGGGCCUGGCGGAGGACGACGCCCGCGCGGCCCCGCUGGGGGCCCCGGCUAGCUCCGGGGGGCCCGUGCUGUACCCCGACCCGGCCUGGCCCAACCUGCUGCUCUGGGAGCUGCCCCUGACGGAGGGCGAGGGGCCGGCGCGCUGGCUGGCCGAGGGGGACGUGGUGGUCCUGGCCACCGACGGGCUCUUCGGCGCCAGCCACGCCCGCCUGGCCCAGGAGGCCCGCGGCGCUGGCAAGAUGGUCCACUUUGCCCGCACCAAGGCCGACCUGGACCUGCACACCCUCCGGCGGCUCCUGGGUGGGCGCUAUGACCGGGCCCAGGCCCUCGAUGCCCUCCGGGCCGCCUGCGCCCAGUCUCUGGUGGCCCAUGGCCUCGGGGAGCCCCCGCCCGUCGUCUUCCUCGUCUCUGGCCACGAGCCCCAGGAGCUGGACGGGCCCCUGCUGCGCCAGGCUCUGGUGGGAGACGUCAGGGUGUACGAGAGGGUGCUGCACCCGGUGAUCUCCGGCUUUGAGCAGAUCAGCGAGCGGGAGGUGGCCGAGAUCCAGGAGGCCUACGAGCUGGGUGGCCUGGCAGAGGUGGUGACCCGGGUCCAGUGCAGCCUGGAGACCCUCUGGAACGCCCGGCUGGAUGUGGCCGUCACCGGGGAGUCGGGGGCCGGCAAGUCCACCUUCGUCAAUGCCCUGCGAGGCCUGGGGGACGAGGACGAGGGGGCGGCCCAGACCGGUGUGACCGAGACCACGGCCCAGCCCACGGCCUACCCUUACCCCGGCUACCCCAACGUGACGCUGUGGGACCUGCCCGGCAUCGGCACGCCCAGCUUCCGGGCCGACUGCUACCUCGAGGCCGUGGAGUUCCCUCGCUACGACUUCUUCAUCAUCCUGGCCUCGGAGAGGUUCAAGGAGAACCACGUCCGACUGGCCCAGGCCAUCGUGGAGCAAGGCAAACGCUUCUACUUUGUGCGCGCCAAGGUCGACAACGACCUGGAGGCCACGCGGAGGAGGAAGAACCCACCCGAGGAAGAGGAGGUGCUGGAGGAGAUCAGGAGGGACUGCCGGGAACGGCUGAGCCAGGCCGGGCUGGGCGACACCAAGGUCUUCCUCCUCAGCAGCUUCGAGAUAGAGAAAUACGACUUCCAGGCCUUCGAGGACACCUUGGAGCGGGAGCUGCCCGGGCACAAGCGUCACGCCUUCCUCCUCUCCCUGCCCAACCUCUCGGGGGCCAUCAUCGAGAAGAAGCGGCAGCUGCUCCACCAGGAGGUCUGGAAGGUGGCCUUGGUCUCCAGCCUGGUGGCCGCCGUGCCCUUGCCGGGGCUGGCCUUCACCUGCGACGUCUCCAUCCUGCUGAGGAAGCUGGCUGCCUACCGGCGGGAUUUCGGGCUGGACGCGGCCUCCCUGGCCCGGCUGGCGGAGAGGGCCGGGAAGCCGCUGGAGGCGCUGCGGGCCGAGGUGCACAGCGUGCUGGGGCGCGGCAUCAACAAGGAGGUGGUGAUCGGGCUGCUGGGGAAGGCCACCGGCGGGGGCUUGGUGGUGGUCAACUUCUUCUUCCACCGGAUCCCCAUCUACGGGGCGCUGGCCUCCGGGGGCAUCUCCUUCCACACCACCUACUCCAUGCUCAGCCAGUGCCUGGAGGAGCUGGCGGCUGACUCCCAGCGGGUUCUGGUCAAGGCCUUCGACAGCGAGGUCUGAGGGGGCUUCCAGACAAGCUAGGCGAUCCCCUCCCUCAGCUAAGGCAAAAUGGCCAUGUUAUUGUAGGGUCUCUCGGGCGGGCGGGGGGCCGCGUGCAUUGCUUGGUUAUUGUAGGGUCUCUCGGGCGGGCGGGGGGCCGCGUGCAUUGCUUGGUAAUUGUAGGGUCUCCUGAAAGGGGCCUCCACUCCCAGUCCUCUUCCAAAAUCUGUGGUUCUUCCCCCCCCAGAUUCCCAUGGCUACCGUCUCAGCACACCCCCCGCUGGGUCAAUGGGCCAUAGCGCCACUGUCCUCAAUGGGGCCAGGUCCCCAGCUGGCCCCGAUUCCCUAGCGUGGUGCUAGGGGGCGCUGUGCUGCAGGGGUUGGGGUUGGGGCCGAUCCUCCUUGCAGUUCUCCCCCCACAGCACCCGAAAUCCCCGAGCUCGCGAACACAGACCCCGUCUCUGCCCUGUCCCAUGGCUGCUGCGGCUCAUGCAGGGAUCUUGGUGUGGCGCAGGCCCACGGACGAGGCCUCUCCCAGUCCGGGGGUGGGUCUGACCUGGCUUGUGGGGCUUGGCUCCAGCCCUGUUCCUUGGCUUUUGGGGGGCACUGGGACAGCCCUGAAAUUCAGGGGGGGGUGUUCUUCAUGGGGUCCCUGAUGGUCCUCAAAAGGGGCAACAUGGGGGGGGGUGAUUCCUUCCACAGCUCUGCUAAGAACACCCGUAUGGGUCUGUACAGCACCUAGCGCUACCGUAACGCACCUAAUAAAUAGCAAUCAUGAUGUACCACACCCAGUGCUACCGUAAUGCACCUAA